GCAUAAAUCAAUUGAAGAGGCGUCGCCGACGAGUCUGGUUGAUUCGCUGUUGCUCUGUGUCUCUGUGCUAGUGAAUUUCGCCAUCUUCAAAAUGGACGUUAAUUUAUCUGAAAUUUUCAAAGUGGACGAUUUAGAUGUCCACUUGCGCCGGGAGGAAGUAGAGAAAUUAUUAGCCGAGAAAAGCGGCUCGGUUGUAGCUGUGGCGGGGAGUUAUCUCAAGGACAAGAACACUAUUGUCAUCGCAGCGAUCUGCAAGGAGCCCGACAACGUGACCCCUAAGAAGAAUGACGUUAUUCCUGGGUACUCCUACACUCCAGAGAAGCUGCAGGAGAUUGCCAAACUUUUCGAGUCGAAGACUAAGGAGGUUAACGACUCGAGUAAGAUAAAAUACUUUACAAAUCUUGAAGACACAAAGGAGUGGAAGGAAUGCAAGCCUUCUGAGGUCCUCGAAUCUCACAAGGAAGAGAAAUAUGAGUAAUCAUUUAUCUACCUUGCAUUCAUGGGUCGCAUGAAGUAUCUUAUGUAUUCUGUGUGUGUGUACUUCUUCUCUAUCUACCCCUUAUAUCGUGUAUUUCCUAUUCCAAUGACAGAGUUAAAGUGUCACCUCAGAUAAUGAGGUCUUUGUACUGGUUUAGACAAGUAACAUCUUUACAUAAUUAUUUAUGUAAUCAAACUGUUCAAUUAACUACAUUUAUUAACUCUGUCCCCAAUCUUUCUACAUUCUUGAUGGAACGUCGGAUCUUGAUGUAUGUGUGUUUAGUAAUUAAGUGUGUGACAUUUCUUUCUGGCAUAUCAGGCCAACGUACAAGACUUGUAUUUAUUUCAAAUGAGUGGUAUUUUUAUAUUCAUUAUUUUAUAUUGAGUUAUUAACUCUACAGGGUCGAAAAGAAAUUAUUAUAAUUUAAGACCAUUUUUCGUAAUAUUUUUAGAUCAAAAACGAAUUUUUGUUUUAGUUUAACCAUGUAUCAAGAUGUACUCUUCACUUUUGACACUUUUAUCAAAUAAAUCUUUCUAAAUGUGAUUGGUUUUAUUGUGUACUACCUAUUUCACAGUUAU